AAUAUCGUCGUGCGUCCAUUUCCGAUAUAAAUAUACCAAAAUUUAUAUAAAAUGAAAUUGUGUUCAUUGCAACAGCUGGUUUUGGCUGUCUUGUUUAUAGUAUCUAAUUUUUACUCGCCACUAGCUGUCGCAUCUCCAAUUGGCUGGGACUUUGCCGUUACGCUACGCGACAAGCUUCUGUUUCUCGACAACAAAUUUAAAACAGUCUCCUCUGCAGCCCACGAAUUCGAGGGGAUAUCAGCGUUGGCUUUUGAUGAGGCUGAGGAAGUGAUCUAUUUUAAUGACCAACAGCAUCAGAAUGGCAGCAUAUUUUCGCUGCGACGCGAUGCUGCGGUUGCGCCGCACAUUGUGGAGCAGGCAGUGCAACGUAUAGGCAAUGGUUCCGUAUCCGGAUUAGCUUUCGAUCCGCUGAACCGGAAUUUGUUCUGGGCGGACAUGCGUCAGAGCCGGAUUUACUUUGCCAGCGUCGACACAUUACUCACGGAACCGCCUAAGGUGCUAGUAGAUCUGAGCGCCGAAGGUGGACGACCAGAUGGCGUGGCUGUGGAUAUAUGUCGCCGUCAGCUGUACUGGACGAACUCGAAGAUCAAUCAUGCUUCCGUAGAACGUAUCGGAUUGAACGGCACGGGCAGACAAGUGAUUAUCAAGGAGGACAUCGACAUGCCACGUGGCAUUGUGAUCGAUCAGCAAUCUGAUCGCAUCUACUGGAUCGAUGACAAGGUGGGCAUAUUCUUUGCAAUAGAAAGUGCUCGACUAGAUGGCAGCGAUCGCCAACUGGUGCUUGAGGACAAGCAUCAGAGUCCUAUACAACUGGCCAUCACAGAUGAAACAAUCUAUUGGACCGACAAGGCGGAUAAAGCAGUCUGGAGCUACCCCAAGCCAGCUAAUAAAACACUUGCAACGAAUGCUACGGAGCCGGUGGUGGAGCCAAUAAAGCUAGCCAGCUGGAAGGAGGAUGUCUAUGGCAUAGUGGCACGCACAGGCUUUUAUCAACAUCUUCAAAAGGAUGCCCAUUGCGCUAGCGUAGUGAAAAAGGUCAAACAGCGUCUGGACAACAGGCUCAACAACAGGCCGCAAUCAAGAACCGCUGUCGACGAUCGCAUAGAAGAGUUGGAGCGAGAACAUUGUUUGAACGGUGCCACCUAUAUGACCAAGGGCAACUUCUGCAUCUGCCAGGUGGGCUUCAAGGGUGCGCGUUGUGAGAUAUCUGAAUGUCAUAAUUAUUGUGUGCAUGGUACCUGUGAAAUCUCUAGCAUGGGCUAUCCCAAAUGCUAUUGCCAAACGGAUUUCUAUGGCGAACGCUGUGAAUACUACAAAUGCAAUAACCAUUGCCUGAACGGUGGUCAUUGCACCGUGGAUAGGGACAGUGGGGAAAUGAGCUGCGAUUGCCGGGACAACUUUACGGGCACACGAUGCGAGCACAACGAAACGGCCCACUGUGGAAGUUAUUGUCAGCAUUUGAAAGAACAUCCGGAUGCAUUUGUGCCAGCCCCCUGUAUGGACAUCUGUGAGGAGUUGCGUUUGACCAAUGCCACAAUUGUCAGGGAAUACCAAUCAUCAUCUUUCUGCAGCGAUAUUCCCAGCUAUAGACAAGGUUCAUUGAUAAUUGUACUUGUUGUUGGCGUCGUCUCCAGUCUCGCUCUGGUAGCCGUCAUUGUGCAUGGUUUCCGUCUCAUCCACAAGCCUAAACGCCCACGCAUUAAGAAGACUUUUGUAGUGCGCAAACAAGCCCGUUUGAAUUCCACUAGUGAUACACCUUUAACCAAUCGGCCACUAGCCACAGAGCAAUGCGAGAUUACGAUAGAAAACUGUUGUAAUAUGAAUAUUUGUGAAACGCCCUGUUUUGAUCCUAAACUUGUGGAGCAACAGUUCUCAGGACGCGAUAAAAAGUCGCCUUGCGUUAAGGAGGAUAAAAAGAUACUGAUACACAACAUGGAAGAUGAUCUACUGAACUAGAUAAACAUCUCUAUCAACAACGCAUAACGUCGUGCAUGAAAUGAACGGUAGGGCGGACGGGCGGUAUUCGAGCUUGUAAAGCUGCUGUCGUCGCCGCCUCCAA